CAGCCAAAGAGCAGCAUGGAGGCGUCCUGGGGGAGCAUCAACGCUGAGCGGGGCUGGUACCUCUCCGCCCAACAGCCCGAAGAGGCGGAGACGGAAGAGUUGAGCCCGUUGCUAAGCAACGAAAUUCACAGACAGAGAUCUCCAGGUGUUUCAUUUGGUUUCUCAGUGUUCAAUGUGAUGAAUGCCAUCAUGGGAAGUGGCAUCCUUGGCUUGGCUUAUGUUAUGGCUAAUACUGGCAUCCUUGGAUUUAGUUUCUUGCUGCUGAUAGUUGCUCUUCUGGCUUCUUACUCAGUCCAUCUCCUGCUUAGUAUGUGUAUUCAUACAGCUAUGUCGUCUUAUCUUUUAAUUAUUAAAACAGAGCUCCCUGCCACUAUUUCAGAAUUUUUGACUGGAGAUUACAGUGGGUCUUGGUAUCUUGAUGGACAGACGCUACUAAUAAUCAUUUGUGUUGGCAUUGUGUUCCCUCUUGCACUUCUUCCAAAAAUUGGCUUUCUUGGCUACACAAGUAGUUUAUCAUUUUUCUUUAUGGUGUUCUUUGCUCUUGUGAUAAUAAUUAAAAAAUGGUCCAUCCCUUGUCCUCUGACAUUAAAUUACAUACAGAAAUACUUCCAGAUUUCAAAUGCUACAGAUGAUUGUAAACCAAAGGUCUUUCAUUUCUCCAAAGAGAGUGCUUAUGCUAUACCAACCAUGGCUUUUUCAUUUCUCUGCCAUACGUCAAUAUUGCCCAUAUACUGUGAACUUCAAAGCCCUUCAAAGAAAAGAAUGCAAAAUGUCACCAAUACAGCAAUUGCUUUAAGUUUUCUCAUUUAUUUUAUAUCUGCACUCUUUGGGUACCUCACUUUUUAUGACAAAGUGGAGACAGAAUUACUCAAAGGUUAUAGUAAAUACUUGCCACAUGAUGUUGUUGUUAUGACUGUGAAGUUAUGCAUACUAUUUGCUGUGCUUUUGACAGUCCCUCUAAUCCACUUCCCUGCCAGAAAAGCUUUAAUGAUGAUGUUUUUCUCCAAUUUUCCAUUCUCCUGGAUUCACCAUUCUUUGAUCACCCUAACACUCAAUGUUAUCAUUGUUUUACUUGCAAUAUAUGUUCCUGAUAUUAGAAAUGUAUUUGGUGUAGUUGGUGCCAGUACAUCAACGUGUUUGAUUUUUGUAUUCCCAGGACUAUUUUAUCUUAAACUUAGCACAGAGGAUUUACUCUCAUGCAGAAAGCUUGGGGCUUUUGUGUUGCUCAUCUUUGGAAUUUUUGUUGGGAAUUUUAGUUUAGCAGUCAUCAUUUUUGACUGGAUUAAUAAAUGAAAUAUUUUCCUACUUCUUAUGAAGAAUAAUUUACCUCUGUAUGAAAGAAGGAAUAAUUCUGGGAGGCACCUUGGAUGAAAAUAACAUUUUUGUAAAAAUCAUUAUCAGGAAAGCAGAAU